UGUAGAAGAUAAUUAACUUUUUUAAUAAUAAUAAUAAUAAUAAUACUAAUGAUAUUUAAAGCAAUAUAAUAUAACAUUUAAGAUUCUCACGCCAUUACACCAAGUUGUUUAUAAUUUAAAAUUGAUAAAAAAGAAAUUACGCUGAUUUGUCAAUAACUAAUGUAAUAAGUUUUCUUUACGUGUCAUUAACUAAUUGGUAAUUAUUUGCGUUUCGUGGCAAUAAAAAAAUAAUAAUAUCUGAUUAUAUACAUGAUUGAAUUUAAUAUGGCUGGUUUUAAAACAAAUGACACCAGUCCAAUUGAAUAUUAUUAUUACAUAAAUAAAUGAUAAUUAAUAAUUAAAAUAAUAAGUAAUUUUAUAAACUAAAAAUUAAUAUAGUUUGAAUUAAUAAGCAAUAAUAAUGAGAUCAUCAUUGACAUUUCGUUAUUUCAAAUUCUUUGCCGCUCUUGGUACUGGAGGUAUUUUGGCCUGCUGUCUUUUAAUGUAUCUUUUAUUAGAUCUGACAUUUACACCAAAAAAAACUGCAAUAAAAGAUUCUGUUGAAAAUAAUCAAUGGCUUCAUCUUGAAAAUAGACUGACUAAGUUAGAAGAAGAUCUGAAUAAUCAUCACAAAGUUAUUGAUUCAAUAAAAGAAGCAUCAAACUCAAUGCAAAAUGUCCAUUAUUCAAUAAAUAAUAUAAAAACAAACGAUGUUACAUUAUCAAAUAAAUUAUUGACGUGUAAUUUUGAUAUGAAAAAAGCUCCUGAGGUUGAUAUUCAAAUGUUGAAUCUGUAUCGUCAAUUAGAGUUUGAUAAUCCAGACGGUGGUGUUUGGAAACAAGGCUGGGCUAUACGUUAUGAUGAAAAACAAUGGCACCCUAAAAGAAAAUUAAAAGUAUUUGUUGUGCCUCAUUCACACAAUGAUCCAGGAUGGUUGGAUACAUUUGAAAAAUAUUAUAGUCAAAAAACACAACGUAUAUUAAGUAAUAUGGUGAUGAAAUUAGCUGAAGAUAAACGUAGAAAAUUUAUUUGGGCAGAGAUAUCAUUUUUUAAACUGUGGUGGGAUGAACAAUCUAAAGCAACACGAGAAAUGGUUAAACGUUUAAUUGUUGAUGGACAAUUAGAAAUAGUUGCAGGUGGUUGGGUUAUGCCAGAUGAAGCUGUAUCACAUUGGAUGGCACAAUUAACUCAAUUAACUGUUGGUCAUCAGUGGUUAAAAACAAAUUUAGAUUAUCAACCCACUAGUGGAUGGGCUAUUGAUCCAUUUGGAUUAUCACCUACUAUGCCAUAUUUAUUAAAAAAUGCUGGAUUAGAAAAUAUUCUUAUUCAACGUGUACAUUAUGCGGUUAAAAAACGUUUAGCCAAAGAUAAACAUCUUGAAUUUAGAUGGCGUCAACUUUGGGAUACUACCGGAUCAACUGAAAUGUUAACUCAUUUGAUGCCAUUUUACAGUUACGAUAUACCACAUACUUGUGGUCCAGAUCCUAAAAUUUGUUGUCAAUUUGACUUUUUUCGAUUACCUAAUUUUGGACUGAGCUGUCCAUGGAGAGUUCCACCUCAAUCUAUAACUAAAAAAAAUGUAGCAAUGCGUGCUCAAUUAUUAUUAGACCAAUAUAGAAAAAAAUCACAACUAUUUAAAUCAAAUGUAGUUUUAGCGCCACUAGGUGAUGAUUUUCGUUAUACUCAAAGCUCUGAAUGGGAUGCUCAGUACGGUAAUUAUCAAAAAUUAAUGGAUUAUAUGAAUAAAAACGAGCAAUUAAAUGUUGAUAUUCAAUUUGGAACACUGACCGAUUAUUUCAAUGCAUUAAGAGAUGAACAAAAUAUAAAUGAAUUACCAAGUUUAUCUGGUGAUUUUUUUACAUACUCCGAUGAAAAUCAAGAUUACUGGAGCGGAUAUUAUACAUCACGUCCAUUCCACAAAAGACUUGAUCGUGUUCUUCUAGGUGCACUACGUGGUACUGAAAUAUUAUCAGCAAUAGCAUGGGCACGUGGGCAUGAGCAUUUGGCAGAAGGUACUAUUGAGAAACGUAUGAUCGAGGCAAGACAGUGGCAUUCAUUAUUUCAGCAUCACGAUGGUGUUACUGGUACAGCUAGAGACGAUGUUGUUAUAGAUUAUGCACAAAAAAUGAUAAAUGCUCUCAAUAAUACAGCUCAUGUAACUCAACAAUCUACAGCACAUUUAUUAAGAAGUGCACAAGGACCAGCUCUACAACAAGAAUCUCUUUAUUUCUCUCUAGACGAAGUUAGAUCUCAUCAUACAAGUAUUGGUGAACGAUAUGUACUCUCACUUACUAGUGAUCAACAAUCAAAAAAAGUUAUUAUUUAUAAUUCAUUACCUCGAAAACGAACAAAAGUUCAAACGUUAAUAGUAUCGACACCUUAUGUUAGAGUUACGGAUCGUAUGGGUCAACCAGUACAGUCUCAAAUAUCACCUGUUUGGGUUGGCCCAGCAGCACUAUCUGGUGCAAGAUAUGAAUUAUCAUUUAUCGUAACUGUACCUGGCUUUGGACUCAAUACAUAUUUAAUUCAUUCUGUUUACAAUAAUAAUUUACCUGACAAUGUUCAUUUAGCUAACGUAACUUUAUUCAAUACAGCAGUACCACCAUCAGAUGUACCAGGAUUUACAAAUUUAAAAACUCUCCCAUCAACACAAGAGUUUUCAAUAACUCAACGUCCAGAUAUUUCAGCAGCUUUUUCAAAAUCUGGAUUAUUAAAAGCCAUACGAAUUGGAGACACGACUGUUCCAGUACAUUUGGAAUUUGUUAAAUAUGGAACUCAGGGAAUAGGACAUCAUCGAAGUGGAGCUUAUUUAUUUAUUCCAGAUAAACCAGAACCUGACCCUAUUUAUAUGACUAAUGAUCAUACUAUUCAUUUAAUCACAGGACCUAUUUUGUCAAGGGUCUUUGUACAAUUACCACACGUUAAACAUAUUUAUACGCUAUUUAACUCUCCUGGAAGUGACGGAUUGGGACUUCAUAUUUCGAAUGAAGUUGAUAUUACUGAGACACAAAAUUUUGAAUUGGCAAUGCGGUUAAGUACAAAUAUUGCGUCUGGUGACCAAUUUUUCACUGAUCUAAAUGGUCUUAAUAUGAUCAAGCGUCAAAGAUUCCCAAAAUUACCUACACAAGCAAAUUAUUAUCCACUUCCAGCAGCUGGUUAUAUUGAAGACAAAAAAGCACGAUUGACAGUUAUAACUGGACAACCUUUAGGAGCUGCAUCGAUGGCUUCUGGACAAUUUGAAAUAAUGCAAGACCGUAGAUUGAUGCAAGACGAUCGUCGUGGUCUUGAACAAGGAGUUAUUGAUAAUUUAUUAACAAACCAUUUAUUUAUGCUAGUCUUAGAAAAAAAGAAAGAAUCCUGCAGUAGUUCACCAGUGCCUAAUCAUCCUGCAGGAACACUUUCUAUUGGUGGAUUAUUAGCGUCAGAAGAACUUUUACAUCCUCUUGUUGCUAUGUAUCCUCAUCCAUCAUCAGAUAUUGAAUAUAAUGGCCAUUUUUCACCGCUUCGUUUUGAUCUUCCUAUUGAUUUAUCAAUUGUUAAUCUCCGAGUUUUUCCGGUACCUGAAGGUGCUGGUAAAGGUGUUGGUAUGGUAUUGCAUCGUGAACCUAUUGAUAUUUGUUGGAGUGAAGAAUUAAUCUCAACGCGUUUUAAUAUAUCAAAUAAUGGAGAAAUAAAUCUUACAAAGUUCUUCAAUUUCAUUGAAGACUGGACUAUAAGUGAAGCACCAUUAACUUUUAGUAAUGUAGGUCCUUCUAUUAAAUCACCAACCAUUAAUUUAUGUCCUCACCAGCUCUCAGCUAUUUUAUUUCACAAAACACAGUCUUAAAUUGUAUAAAGAUAAUAUUUAUAUUUUUAUUAUUUUACCAUUAUUAUUUGAGUAGAAACAUUACAGAGCCCCGUUUACAAAAGGUAACUUAAUUAUUGGAAGAGAAUAAUGUAAAAAAUUACUAAUAAUGUUCGUUUUCUUUUUAAUAAAUUUUUUUUUAAGCUUAUAGUACAGUAGUACAUAUUAAUGAUGAUCAGUGAUAUUUUAUUUACUUAGAAUAAGGUAAUCUAGAUUUUCCCAAUCUGAUGGACUUGUUGUGUCCACUUUAUAACUGAAACAGUAUUGAUUAUAAUUAUAAAUAGUAAUCUUUAAGUUCAUAUUUAGAAUUGUAGAUUAAUUCAUUAAACUAUUAUUUUCCGAGAAAAUAUUUUAUAAAAUAUUAACAAAUCUGCUUUUUCUAAAUAAAAAUCUUUAGAAAUUUGAAAAUACUCUUUAUUAUUUAUUAUAAUUUAAAUAUUGAUACAUACCCUAAUGAUUGAAAAAAUGUUUUAGCAUCUGGAUUGUGCUUUAAAACUGUAAGAACAACUUUUUUCAUAGCACUUUGAACGGAUAAUGCCUCCAAAGUAUUCAUCAUAAAUCGUCCAAGACCUUGUCGUCUUACUUUUGAUUCUAAUUGCAGUUCAUAGCUAUGUACAAAAAAAUACAUUAUUGGCUUAAUGUUUAGUCUAAUUAAUAAAUAAUAAGAUUAUUUACCAAUACAAAACUUCAACUUUAUCAUCUAAAUCAUAACGAAAAUGAGAAAAUCCAACUGGUUCGUCAUCUAAAAAUGCAAUUAAAUACCAAGCAGUCGGUUCAGUCAGUUCUUUAUGUUUAGAACUUUUAUUCCACCCCCAAUGAGAUUGUUCAUAAAGUGUCUUCAUAUUGCGCUCCAUAAGAUCAAAAAUCCAUGACAAUAAUUCUGAUGAUAAUUCUUUUACUUUAUGACAUUUUAAAUUAAAUUUAAUAUUACUAUUUGUUGUAUAAGAUUUAAAUGAAUCUAACAAUGAAAGAGGAUCAACAAGAGAGUUUGCUUUGUCUACAAGCGCUUUAGCUUCUGCUUCCUUUUUUGCCAGGCGUUGUUUUCUUGUUAUAUGUCCUUUUUUACUCUAAAUAAUUAAUUGAAUAAUUAUCUCAUAUAAUUAAGAAUCUAGUUGUACAAUUUACAUAUAUAUUAUCAAAUUCGAUACAUACCUUCAUUUUAAAUUAAAUUUAGUUCUCACGUUUUACUUGAUCAAUGUUUUUUUUACUCGUCGCUCAUAACAAUUUAAUAAUUUUUUUUUUUAAAACACAACUUUAUUAAAUUUUUAAAUGUUUACUGUUACUAUUCUUACCAUUUAGUUAUAAUUAAACAUAUAGUUGAUAAAUAAUUAAAAAUGUAAACAAAAGUUUUAAAGAGGUUAUGGCUUGUAUUUUAAGCGCCAAAAGUACCGUAUAAAUAAAUUACUAACUGACGAUUAUUGGAAUGAGUGUGAAUGUAGCAGACAUCAGACCAAUUUAAAAUUAUAAAUAAAUAGACAAUAAAAUAACAGUCGACUCCCCAUUAUAUUCAAUACAAUUUAAAAUAACUGGCUUCAACAAUAAAUCCAAAUCGAUAAGAAAAUAAAUAAUCAUUUAAUUUUAAAUUAAUUUAUUAAUUCAAUAUAUUAAAAAGCUGAAAUAAAAUCAGGAAGGCAAUUGAGUGCUUUAUUUUAUUUAUAUUAAUAUUUUUUAAAAAUUUAUAUUGUUCUAUUAAAUAAACGACAAAUUAUUAUUUAUGUAGGGUAAAAAAAUAAUGUCAUACGUUACUGUUAUUUGUGUACGUGCACAGCUGAACAGUAUUUUGCGUGGUGCGUGAGAGAAGAUUGAAAAAUCGAGAGAAUAAGUUUUUAUGUUCAUUGUCAAUUAAAAAGGUCAUGAUAAAAAACUAAUUGUAUUUGUAUACAAUACUCAC